CCCGCCCCGUGUCCUCCCAUCCCGCCAGUGGAUGUCGUUGUUUCUUCCCCCGCGCGAGCCCACGGGGUGUCACUCCUCCGGGAUGACCUCAACCUCGGCCCAAGCCUGGCACUUCACUCGCUCCAGGCAGCCACGGAGUCUGGCCGUUCACUGGGGCCGGACGAUGGGCACCGGCUGGGACCCCUGAGCCAUUCCAGCCCGCCGGGAGCUGCCUGCGGAGCGGCCGAGAAAACCAACCAACUUCCCUCCCUCCAGCUCCUGCCAAGCCAACUAAGGCUCCUCUUGCCGCCCUUCUCGCGCGCCCGCCCGCAGCUCCUGAGGCAGGCAGGAUGUCCCCGACAGGUUGGGAGGCGCUGGUGGCGCUGGCGGCGGUGGCGUGCCUGGCGGAAGGCGUGCGCGGCGGCUACGGCUUGAGCAUGUUCGCAGUGCAGACGGCGCCGCAGCCGGAUCCCUGCUACGACGAGAAUGGGCAGCCGCGGCGCUGCAUCCCGGACUUCGUCAACGCCGCCUUCGGCAAGGAGGUGAAGGUGUCGAGCACGUGCGGCCGCCCUCAGGCGCGCUACUGCGUGCUGGCCGAGAAAGGCGAGGAGCGGAGCCGCACGUGCCACCUGUGCGACGCGGCCGACCCGAAGCGCGCGCACCCGGCCUCCUACCUGACGGACCUCAACAACCCGCACAACCUGACGUGCUGGCAGUCGGAGAGCUUCGUGCAGCACCCGCUCAACGUGACGCUGACACUGGCGCUGGGCAAGAAGUUCGAGGUGACCUACGUGAGCCUGCAGUUCUGCUCGCCGCGCCCGGAGUCCAUGGCCAUCGCCAAGUCCAUGGACGGCGGCAAGACGUGGGUGCCCUUCCAGUUCUACUCCACCCAGUGCCGCAAGAUGUACAACAAGCCCAGCCGCGCCGCCAUCACCAAGCAGAACGAGCAGGAGGCCAUCUGCACCGACUCGCACACCGACAUGCGGCCGCUGGCCGGAGGCCUCAUCGCCUUCAGCACCCUCGACGGCCGGCCCUCGGCGCACGACUUCGACAACUCGCCCGUGCUGCAGGACUGGGUCACGGCCACCGACAUCAAGGUGGUCUUCAGCCGCCUGCACACCUUCGGCGACGAGAACGAGGACGACUCCGAGCUGGCGCGCGACUCCUACUACUACGCCGUCUCCGACCUGCAGGUGGGCGGGCGCUGCAAGUGCAACGGGCACGCCUCGCGCUGCGUCCGGGACCGCGACGACAACCUGGUCUGCGACUGCAAACACAACACCGCCGGGCCCGAGUGCGACCGCUGCAAGCCCUUCCACUACGACCGGCCCUGGCAGAGGGCCACCGCCCGCGAGGCCAACGAGUGCGUCGCAUGUAACUGCAACCUACAUGCCAGGAGGUGUCGCUUUAAUAUGGAACUCUACAAAUUAUCUGGCCGCAAGAGCGGAGGUGUCUGCCUUAAUUGCCGGCAUAAUACAGCAGGCCGUCACUGCCAUUACUGUAAGGAAGGCUACUAUCGGGACAUGACUAAACCAAUCACCCACAGGAAAGCAUGCAAAGCAUGUGAUUGCCAUCCCGUGGGUGCAGCUGGGAAAACCUGUAAUCAAACCACAGGGCAAUGUCCCUGCAAAGAUGGCGUGACAGGCAUCACUUGCAACCGAUGUGCCAAAGGUUACCAGCAAAGCAGAUCUCCCAUUGCCCCUUGCAUAAAGAUUCCUGUUGUUCCUCCCACCACUGUGGCCAGCAGCACUGAAGAACCUGCAGACUGUGACUCGUACUGCAAGGCAUCCAAAGGGAAGCUGAAGAUCAACAUGAAGAAGUAUUGCAAAAAAGACUAUGCUGUCCAGAUUCACAUUCUGAAAGCAGAUAAGGCUGGAGAAUGGUGGAAGUUCACGGUCAACAUCAUAUCUGUGUACAAACAAGGGACAAACCGGAUACGGCGUGGUGACCAAAUCCUCUGGAUACGCUCCAAGGACAUUGCCUGCAAAUGCCCCAAAAUCAAACCCAUGAAGAAAUACUUGCUCUUGGGCCAUGAUGAAGACUCUCCUGACCAGAAUGGCAUUGUUGCAGACAAAAGCAGCCUUGUGAUACAGUGGAGGGACACAUGGGCUAGGCGACUGAGGAAGUUCCAACAACGGGAAAAGAAAGGGAAGUGCAAGAAAGCCUAGAGAGAGAGAGAGAGAACUGGAGAUUGUGUGAGAGAGUGAGAGUGAGUACACGCUGCUUUGUGUAGGACUUGGAGCAAAUGGGGUGGGUUUAGGGCCAUCAGCCUUCAGCAAGAAACUCACUUUGCGUUUGUGCAUGACUGGGACAGGGAGGGCAAAGAUGGGAUUAACAACUUUUUCAUGAAACAUGUCGAUUUUGCACCUCAUUCUACAGAAACCACAAAAACUAGAGAGAGAAAACCAAGUUUAGAGAAGGAGGGCCAUGUGAGACCUUAUUCACCAAAAUAUCAAAUUCCAGAUAGCAGCUACUAGUUCCCUUUGAUUUUCCUUCUCUCUCUCUCUCUGAUCAGAGGAGUCCAAUUGCCUUAUAUUUGCUAACAUCAACUAGUUCCAAAGUCCAGACACAGGAAAUACCCAGCCUGUCACUGAAACAAACUUCUGUAAAAGACAAUGAUGUGAAAAGUAACUGCUCUCUGAAUACAUUUCCCGCUAAAAUCAGAUAGGUAUUCCUAGAAAGAAUGGAGGCUAGGAAAGUUGGUUUGAAAAAGAUUACUGUGUGUGGACUGCAGGAUCAACACAUGCAGUCAGCCUAUGUAGCUCUUUCAUUAUCGGUCAUGUGACAUCUAGUCAGCUGGGUCAGGUUUUCAAAAUGAUGCCUGUAAACAACUGCUUAGCCAUAACAUACCACACCACUUACCCUAAAUGCAGGGUGGUCACUGAAGAGUGACAAAGACAUGUCCUUUCCUAAAAAUGUAAUUUUUAAACUGAGGUCUUACCACUGGAUCCAAACAAGGCAAUCUAUUUGUUUUGUCAUGAAAAAAUCCAUUUUCUUCUUGGAUUCACCAGGACUUGAAAUUAAGGCUACCUAUAGGCACUGCAAUAGUAGUGCCUAUAGUAGUAGCAAUAGCUGCUCUUGGGACUCCAACCUGACCAUCUCAAUCUGUAGAAAGCACAAGUUGUAUGGGAUGGACUUUUCAUCUUUAAGGCAGCACGUACAUCCAUACCUUGGAGGAGAAAUUAGUGACGCAGGGAGAAACUGCUACCCCUCUGCAUUUGAGAGUCUCUGCGGCAACGGUUAUUUAUGUCUCAAUACAAGGCCCACCCAGCACUUCCUCUUCUACCAGCAGGGCUUCAGAGUUGCAAUGAGGCAUACACUCUGGCUCAGUCUGCCGUGACUGAAUUGACCAAGAUGAGUCUCUUAUCUGCUGUAGGGAAGAGGAGCAACGUGUUCUACAAGAGUAGUCCCCUGUAAUGGCCUACUGUAGCUUUGGUUUCAGGCUAGUAAGUUUGGGGACUAAGAAGACUUUAAUAACGAAGCUAAUGCCUCAAGCAUCCCUAAGAGCAGCUCUCAUAAAUGGCUUCACUUUUGCGGGGACUGAUUUUCAUUUCCAUUUUAGGUUAAUGAGAGGUAAAGGACAUUUUUGUACCUGCCCAUGCAAAUCUCCUGCAGACCAGGAGGACCAUCUGGGCAGGCAGUCCACACGUGAGCUCAGGGAUGCCUGCCCGGCAAAAUACAAACUUCCCUGAGAUGUUUCCUGUAAGGAAACUUGGAAACAUCCUUUUUAUUACAUUUUCCAGUGGUUUUGCCUUGUUUUAUAGCAAUUGACAAUAUUUAUAUAAUGACAUAAACUACCAUAAAACAAACUGCAGCACAAAUAGGUGUAAAGUGGCCAGAUGCCGGGGAAGUGGAGUGUAGGAGGAAGAGGAGUCAGGCUCUCUGCUGGAGCAAAGAGGGGGAAACGCUCCAAGUCAAUGGCUCGCACACUGUUGAAAGUUUCAGGGCUGUUUAUGAGCUUAGCUGCAAAACAUUAUCCCAGCUGAAGUUCAUUUAUCAAUGUAGCUCAUAUGAAUUCUGAUUUUAGUCCUGGAGGGGACUAGUUCCCCUGCUGAGAAGGAGCAAGAAGAGCUGAGCAAACUCAACCAUCUCCACCCAGAUCAGAGUUUUGUUUCAAUGGCUUUCUCUGAGACCUGCAGCAGAAUGUGGUAGGAAUAAGGCGAUCAGAGUUUUUGGGUGGAAGAAUGGACCAUGCCACUUCAAACUGUCAUAUUGGAAAACUGUUCUCUGUUAAAAAUGCUCUGAAAAUAGAAAAACGGCACAGCAAGCAAAGGGACAGAACCCUUUGUUCCUGCUCUGCUUAUUUUCUAUUUGUAGGGAGUUUGCUACACAAUGAGGCUGUUCUCAUGCCCAGCCUAACCCAGCCUGGGUUAGGCUGCAUGUGAGAAUGGCCAGUGCCGCCUAGAGCCUCUACUCCUGGUUGCAUUUUUAUUAUUUGUAGGGAAUGUGGGGCAGGAUGCAAAAAAUGGCAUCCCUACCUGCAGCCUGGGGCAAUAUAGUCCAUUCUGUUCCCUCAUUCUGCUGCAUGUAGAGGCUGACUAAUGCCUAUAGUCUAGAAAGGGGUGUCCGUUGUUUUCAAACUUCCUAUCUGCAGGAGAACCUUUCUGCACGGAUUUCUCUGCUGAAGAAAAAAAAGGAUCCUGGUGUGUGAUAGAGAGUGCAUUCUUCCAUGUGGAAUGUCUGCCUGAGAGAGAGCUCACUAAAGCAUUAGAGCUGUACAUACCAGAGGAAGGUUUUCCACCAUUACUAAUCAUCUAAUCAAGGAUACCCUCUCAACUACUCCUGAAACUCAGAAUUCCUAGGAUCCAGUGUGAAACCUCACGGCAGCAUGUGAUCAGAAUUCCAUCUUCAAAGGCUUCCAAACCUUCAUAUCCUAGCAACACGUUGAACACUGUAUGGAAGACUGGAUAUCGCCACUGUGCAGGUGUGCAAAAUAAAAACAAGUGAACAACAUAAAGUUCAUCAACUUGAGCAGUGCAAUUACAGACAGAGGAUGUGACUUAUUGCCUAUUUCACCAAAACAGGCAACCAAACAAGCCCUAAACUAAAGUCAUGUUCUUGCAGAAAAUGGACCAGGGCCACUUGAGGUGACCCAUGAUGGAAAGAUAUCCAAAACAGUUCUCAGAAGGCCACACUGGCUUCACAAAUCCGUGGUCAUUUCUUGAUAGGAUUUCAAGCCUGGAUAAAAUUCAUUUUGGUCUGCCCCACAAUUCUUGCUGUGUCUGUCUACUGAUGGGUUUUUCUUUAGAUUGGUUUGCCAAAAGCAUCAUUAGCCCCUCAAACAGCAGUUUCAUUAUGAGAGACUGUCUAAUCACCAUCACCCCACUGGAAUUGCCCAGAGAAAAUUGGUAAGAAAUAAACCAUGUAGUCCUUGAGCACUAUAUGCCACCUCCCAACACACACACACACACACACACACACACACACACACACACACACACACACACAGCCUCAACCCAGCCAUAUUUAAUGAGCUUGGAUGACCUCACCAACCAAUCAAGAGACACACAAGAUGAGCAACAGCAGACUUUGCUUCAAAGGAAGAGGCAAGCCUGCUCUCCCUGAGUAACCUAGUCCUCAGCUGUCCAGAAACUGACAUGAGAGCAUUCAACACAGUGUCCAUCUAUACCAGGCUUGCUGGUGGUACAAUGUAAGAACAGCAGCAGCUGAGGAGUGAGGAGAGAGGAGAUGAAAUAUUGCUACCAUCAAGAAUUUGCUAAGGAGCACACAUUUCUGAUUCAUGACAGAUCCACCAUUCAAAGUAAGCGGAGGUCUCACCAUGGCUCAUAGCCUCGGGGAGUAUAUCUGAAGCUCUAGGUCAAGAGUCCUCUAUGGAAAAGGAAACAGUCCUCUGGGUUCAUACUGGACUCUGUUUAUGCAGAAUGUUUCCUAUAGAAUCAAAAAAUCCAUGUAGAACAGGGAGUCUCAAGUUGCAGCCCUCCAGCUGUUGUUGGACUACAACUCCCACCAUCCCCAGUCAGCAUCCCUGGUCCCAGUCAGCAGCCAGGCAUGAUGGGAGUUGUAAGUAAACAUCUGCAAGAGGGCUGCAGUUGGAGAUCCUGAUGUAGAAUCUGAAUGCAGAACUGACCACUCCAAUUAAAAACAUAGUGGUGAGUCAGCUAUUCGACCAUGGAACAUUCCUUACAAUGAAGCACUUGGUUCUAGAGCUGAGCCAAUUAGUUUCACAGUUGUUGAAAAGUGCCUGUUUUGGGUGUGCUUUUGAGUGCUCCCUCAAAAUUCCAUCCAUUUACCAUCUAGGUCCUGGAUCAGAGCUGUGCAAAAGCCCCAGAAAAUGGAUUUUUAAAGCUUUAGAGAAUUGUGAAGUUCCUGAGCUAGACCAUAAGACUAGGGGAAGCACUGAAGCAGGUUGGUUACCAAUCACAUGGGCUGGUAUGGAGAAAGGCUUACAAAGUGUGCGUGUGUGUCUUAAAUUUCAGCUCAGUUGCUCAGACAAGCUCAGGGAUUGUACAGAUCCCUCAUGUCCAAAACCUGGGAGUUUCAUUGAGCCCCUGUGGACUAGCUCAGGGAGUGCACAGUUCCCUGGGGUCUUGAAAAUCAGCUUGGAAGGGGGGCAGCUUUUCCACAGCUCUCCCCGAGUUGUCAACUGUGUCCAGGACUUGCAUAAAAAGCAGAGAACCUAAAUGCUAACCUUUGCUUAACAUAUUGACAAAAGGGUUUCCCUUGAGUACACAUAUUUUGACCUGAAAAUAGAAAUGUGUGAAAAUCUGGCUCAGCCCGACCAGGCUUUCCUCGAUAAACUCUUAUUGGGAAGUCAGAACCUCUACCAAAAGCCAGUUCUCAGUGCAAAUCCUGGCACGUUUCAUUCCCUUGACAGUGCCUUGCUCUCAUAUCCAGCAUCUUGGCUGCAUAUAAUGAUGUGUACAAUUGCAGACCAUUAGGAGCAUUCCCAGAGUCAUUUCUGUGUUUGGUUUUUGGAAUUAAUAUUGAUAACCACUAUGUAAUCACUCAAAACAAUGUUUACAAAACAAAUACCCUCAUAGUGUCCACUCCCCUUAAGGACAUUUGGAAAAUGGUCUCUUCCUCCAUAAUAUACACUGAUAUCAUGAAAAGCUGUGAAGGGGGAUGGGGACACCAGCUAGCAAAUGGAAAAUAAAUUACAGCGAAAUCCAAGCAGAUUGACCGUAGAGCUAGUCCAAAAUAUAAAAAUAGGCUAGAGCUCAGAAACUGUAUAUUAACUCAAAGUAUAACAAUCUAGUUUUUUUAAAAAAAAAAUCCUCAUCCCCCAAACUAUCAAGGAAACCCCUUUCUUUGUACAAUGUCAUCCAUCUUGACAGGUUUAAGGGCUUGUUUGACACUCCCCACGUCUAACAAGUACCCUCCCUAAGUACAUUACAAUGGGCAGGCAAUUUCCACUUUGAUCAGUAAAGAACAAAAUAAAAUGUUACAAGCUUUGGGGACUGUCUGAAUUCCUGUCCAAUUUCCUUCUUUCCAAGAGAAAUUGCCAAGAUGGAACCUACAUAUUUAGGCUAUUUCUUGGUAGAGCCUUAAAGCUUGCACUAGGAAACAUGCUUAGGAGGCAGCCUAGGGCCAGGAUAAUGGCAUACAUUUAGGGGUGAGAUUUUUAUUUGGUGGCCAACAGACAGUGUCAAAUAAAAGAGAAGUUAAUAUGCCUUUCCUGCUGGCUUCAGAGCCAAAGUUUAUGAGCGCAGAACUGCAUAAGUUCAACCUGGCAAAGAUGGUGGUUUAACGAUGCAGAAUGGCAGGCUGUAGUUUCUCAAAUUUUCACUGAGAAAGCACCCUUGAAAUUUAAUAAAUUAUUCUUUUUCCAGCGAAGAAAACAAAACUACCAACAUCAAAUAUAUAAUAAUGAACCUAAAUGCUCUAGAAGUCAAUUCGUUGCACCUGCUCUGAAGUGUCACACAGCAGUGGACUGUCAAGACAACGUGUAAUGAAUGCCAGGGUCUUCAGAAACAUUACAAAUUCUGUUUUGGUAAAUAGGGCAAGACAAACUAUUCUGAAAAGCAGCUGAAAUGCCAAAAUGAUUGCCAUUCAUGGGUAGCAUUGAACAACGGCUUCCUCCUCAUUUUCCUCUGUUUUAUUUGGUACAUUUUUGUUCAUUCCUUUGAUCAUCAUCACAUCUCCCUUUUACAUAGACCCAUUGGAAAAACCUGUGUUUUGAUUCUUCCUGUUAAUAUCAUGAAUUGUAAAUGUUGUUUAGUUAUGACCAUUGCAUAUAGUUUGAGGGCAAUGUUUCUUUACAAUGCAUACUAAUAUAUUAUGGUUAUAUAUAUGAAUAUAUUUAAUGACAUGUGGGAAAAAAGUUGUGGAUUUUCUUAUUCCCCCUUCCUCCAUUUCCCUUUAUUUGUUAGAUGGGCUGAUAACUGAACCAGGAGGAGCAUGUAACUGUACAGAAUCCACUCAAUAGGACUAAAUCCAGACACCUGUCCAAUAAACUCUUGUAAACGUC